CAUUUCUCUUACAAAUACCAACGAAGCUAACCGGCUACUUCCUGGAUCGUCAGCCAUGGCAUUUGAACCAAAUAGUGUUGCCGAAAGGCCUAAGGCUGUUCACACACAUGAAGCUCAUCCCACUAUAGCCUGUAGUGAUGCUGGCAGGCUUCCUGGCCCUCCUGUCAGUAAAGGCUACUUCACGUUGCCCAAUGGCUGUCCGGUGGAACAUCCCCUUUUGGCCGAAAGAGUCGACAAAGAAGAUGGCAGUACCCGUUAUGGUUCUCAGUUGAUACAAGACCUGAACACUGUUGAGCAAAUUGCUCACAUCAGCCGCGAACGGAUCCCGGAACGAAUAGUUCAUGCUAAAGGUGUAGGUGUAUUUGGGGAGUUUGUAGUAACCAACAAGGACAUUGCGAAAUACACCGAUGCCAGCUUCCUUCAGCCCGACAGUGAAGGAAAGUCCAAGACUACCCGGCUUCUUGCACGGUUCUCUACCAUUGCUGGAGAGUUGGGCUAUCCGGAUACCGUCCGGGAUGCGAAGGGAGCAGCUUUCAAGUUCUACACCGAAGAAGGCAAUUUGGACUGGGUCUUCCUUAAUCCCGAGGUUUUCAAUCUCAGGGAUCCCGCGAAGUUUGCUUCUCUAGUACAUGCUAAGAAGCGUGACCCAGCUACGAAUCUGUUGGAUGCCAAUAUGUUAUGGGACUUUUUCAGUAGCCACCCGGAAACUUUCAACGCAUUGAUGAGAAACUACACGGAUGAGGGAACGCCCAAGUCGUAUUCCAGACUUGUCAUUUCCAGCGUCAACACUUACACAUUUACCAAGCGCAAGAGCAAAACUGAAUGGGAUCACCAUUUGGUCAGAAUCAAACUAGUUCCGAAAAAUCCCAUCGACCCCGACAAAGAUUGGUUCACUUAUGAUGAGGCCACGACGAUGGCUGGGAAGGAUCCUGACUAUCUGACCCGUCGUCUGUACGAUGAGAUCCAGCAGGGGCAAUUUCCAACGUGGAAGGUCUCUGCACAAAUCCUCGACCCAACCAAAACUUCCGUGGAUGUUUUGGACGACACGAAGGUGGUCCCGGCGUCUGAUUGCCCAUGGUUCGAAUUUGGUCAGCUCAAGCUCAACGAACUUCCGCAGAACUCCUUCGCCCAGGUGGAGCAGGCAGCGUUUACUCCGGCAAAUAUCGUCCCUGGUUGGGACAUUUCUCCUGAUCCGAUCCUCCAAAUCCGCCUGCUCUCAUAUGGAGACUCACAGCGAUACCGCUUAGGUGCUAAUCAUGACCAGCUGCCUCCGAACCGAGCCUGUUCGUAUGUUUACGAUCCCACUAGACGUAACGGGGCUCAUAACAUGACCAACUAUGCGAAUGCACCCAAUUACAUCGGGAGCAGAGAGCGCGACCUGAAGAAACCGGAUCACUACAAUAUAAGCUUCUUGAAUUGGCAAGGCAAGAUCAGCAGGUACCUCAGCGAAGUGAAAGACGUUGAUUACAAGCAAUGCCGAGAGCAUUGGGACACCCUCAGCAAACCCCAACAGUGUCGUUUCAUCAGUAACGUAGCUUCUUCUGUGGCGCCUGCUUCUUCUCCAGUUCGUAAGGCAACUAUCGCCGUUUUCGCCAAAAUCUGGGAAGCCACAGGAGCCAAUUCACCCACACAUCCUUCUCCUGGAGAAUUGACAAAAGCUCUUGAGGAUAAAAUCAACUCAAGACUCGAGAACAACAAUUCUAAGGGACGUAAUCUAGGUGUUGUUCCGGGAGGAGAAAAUUCUGGUGGUCUCAACUAUAUCCCGCCCACUUUCCCAGAUCCGUCAACUCGACCAGUCCCCGAUAUUUACGAGCGUCUAUGAUAUUGCAGUCAGUGAUUUGGAUUAUUUCGCUCGGUCCUCCACAAAUCAAGCCAAUGCCCUCUGGUCUGAUAGGAGCGAUGUGCAAUUGGUAUUGCAGAGGAUGCGCAUUUAGAUAUUCAGGGAUUGUUAUACUAGCCUGUUGUCUUCAAUCGAGAUUAUAAGUGUUUUUUCG